AUGGCGCCUUCAGCAGGGCACCUGCUGCUUCCUAAAAUAUGGAGAGUAGCAAGGUUUGCCUACGCAAAAGCCUCCAAGGCUAUACGUUCAAAACUACCAGAGCCUACACAAUAUCAUCCGGUGCGAUAUCAACCAGCCUAUGCCCGAAUCAAUCCUAGCCAGCCAAUCAGCCGUGCCGCUGCCAUCCGUCAAGCCCGCAGUCGCCACUUCUCGACCCGUGCGGCCGGUGCCUUCGCCUCUACGAUUCGAUCUGGACUAGGUGCCGAUGGCGCCGCCGCUACCCGUACCACCUCUCGCAUAGUGUCGAAUAUCAGUCGACUGAGUAGCCGCGCACCAUUUGCUUCUACUCUUCGUCCCAAUCUGACCGGUGGCACCCUUGGUCGGACUGCGGGGGGGAUACGCUGUUGGAGCUGGCCGUUUUGGGUGUUCGUGCUUUCUUUCUGUCGGGGCAGAAAGUCCGUUUCGACGGCAUUGACCCCCCGCACUGGAGAGAAGCGGUAUAAGUCAGUCAGCACGCUGCAGGACCAGGCAGAGCGAAAGAUGAAUGCCAAUGCGCACAAUGCACCGGGCUCUUUUAUUGAAUUUCAGGUUUCCCCGACCAUCACUGCCCUCAGCGCCGUUGGUGGUCUCGGUAAGCAGGACCGCUCCGCCUCGUGCGACUCUCUGAACUCCGAGGGUCUCAUGGAUCUGCUUUUUGCCGAUUUCGCCCGUGCUUUGAAGGAUUUCUCUGCCGUCAUGAAUGAUCUCAAGCGUCUCUCCUCACUUGGUGAUCUUCCAAUCUCUCUUCAUGACCGAUCGACGAUCCGGGUUCGCUUCCCUGGCUGUGAUGCAGAAACUGUAGAGCAGUUGUGUUGUGAGGCUGGGAUUCAGCGAGGCCGAGUCGUGCAGGAUGAAGAUUUCGAUCUUCGCACUGGCGCUGAUUUGGCCCUUCUGUUCCCCUUUGCACCGAGCAUUGCCACUUCCUCCGACACAGACUAUUACUUCGAAAAAGUUCCAAAAUUACACUCGCAGUAUCCAGCGGAUCUUGACUGGCAAGGGAUGAUGACACCAGAAAGCUGCACGUCAUCAUCGCCAGGUAGCGGUCGGGAUUCGGGCAAUGCCAUCAGUUUCGAGGACAGUGAGCUAUUUGGUGCCAAUCCAUGGAAAUCUUCAACCAAGAGCUAUUCUAGUAUCAACAUCAGUGAACUUGGAGAUCAGCCUUUCUUCCCCGAAGUCUCCUCCGCUGGCGAACCAGAGAGUAACUCUUACGAAGGCGUGGAGGGAAUCUACAAGUUCUUGGCUGAGUGUGAUCAAGCCAAGCGUUGA